AUGUCACCUGUUAAGUCCCAGGCUAGUACCAAUGGCAAAAAAAAGAAGGCAGAGUCAUCCAAUAAAGAGAGAAGACAGCGCAGAAGAGGAAGAGAGAAUGUCUCCAAACCAUCUCAACCUCUCUCCGAAGUGCCGAACAGUAAACUUAAAGGUAAUGUGAAUUCACCCACGCUAGAGAAGAGAAAGAAAAAUGAGGUCAACGGUAAGAGAAGAACUCAAAAAUCUGAAGAAAAACAAGAGAGAGGCUCGAGACAGUUGAAGGAACCACAGAAAGAGACAAGAAAGAGGCCGCCCAUUACAAACGGCAAGCUACAGCCACAAAGCAACAAUGUCAAUGGAACUAAUAGGGACACGAGCAAAACCACCAAGUGUCACCAAGCGACUCUUAGGUCAGCCUCCACAAAUGCAGGGAGGACCAACCACCCUCCUGCUGGGACAGUGAACAAGAGAGGUGGCAGAGAGACAGAAAGCGAGGGAUCUGAGAGUGAUGAGAGAAGUUCAGCGGUGGAGGGAGAGGAAGACGACAGCAGAGAUGAGAAGGGGGAGGAGCCAGGGUGUAAUGAAGAGCCAGUCGGGGAGGACUCAGAGGGGGAGACGGAGGAAGGAGCAGCAGACCAAGAAGAAUCGGACAAAAACCCCUCAGAGGAAGUCGGGACCAGAAGUGAGCUGGAGGAGGAAGAACCUGUCAACAGCAAGGAGGAGGAAGAAGAAGAAGAAGAAAAGGAAGCUGAAGAGUCAGUGUCCAGCGAUGGGGGUGGAGAAGAGGAGAUAACUGAGAGGAACACGCCUAAAACAACAAACACUGAUAAGACCUCGAGACGGCGCAGACGGACACCGAGGCCGUCAGAACCAGCACAGCAACGCAAGAUGUUUAAAAAAACAAAGGUGGAUAAGCAGGUGGAGAAGGCAGAAAAACAGAGGGCCAAGGCAGAAAGACAGAGGGCAGAAAAGGAAGCCAAGCAAAAAGCCAAAGAAGAUAAAAACAAGCAGAAGAAAAGAGGGAUAGCUAGCUCUGUACCAGAGGAGGCUCAGCUGCUGAAAGGCGUUUCCCUCAGCAAGAUUGACACGGCAAAACGCAAGGCCCAGCUCCUUCAGCUGGCUGAUAAAACCAAAAACAUCAGAGAGAAACUAGCUAAUGAAAUGUACGAAGAUGGUGAGGAUGAGGAGGCAGGACCGACUUUGUCUAAAGCUGCCAAAGGUCAGAGCAGAUUGAUGCUUAUCAAAGCCAAGGGCAAAGACCUCAAAGCCAGCCUGGAGGCUGAAUGCAGGACACAGGAGCAGCAGGGAGCAGAGGGCGAUGUCAAAGGUCGGUCUCAGAGUCUCCUCCUGGGGAAAGCCAAGCUGGCUUCUGUGCGACAUAAAACCACAAAAAUGUUUGCAAAGCCUGAUGAGGAAAUGUCAGAAAUCGAAGCUACAGAUGGAGAGCCAAUAAAACCCAAGGCACAUUUGAUAACGCGAAGAAAAGGCGUGACAACUCUUCGUCGGGUAUCUGGCUGGAUUCAGAUGAAAAUGCCACAAGGUUUCAACCUGAGGAAAAAAGUGUCAGCCUGGUCCAAAGCCAUCAGCAUCUCCCACUGGCUCUCCCUCCGAACUCUAAAGCAGAAAGACAGAAAGCCCAAGGGCAACAUCCUCAAACACAGGAUGGCUAUGAGGGCUGCCAGUAAAACUAGCCUGGCCAGUAAGAAGAGUCGGAGCUCCUUGGAGGGUAAAAGAGUGAUGGGGAAAACUGCCUCACAGAGAAAGGACCAGGAGGGAGGUCAGGAGGUGGCUUCAGCCAGGCAGAGAGAGAUAGAGGCCAAAUAUGCUGUGGUACUCCCAAGGAUGAACAAGCUAGGCCUCGCAAAGGCAGCCCAGGUGCCUCAGUCAACAGCAGCAGCUACGUCUCCAACAAACAGCACAGAAACACCAGGGAGAGCUGCUCCUACAGAACCCAAACCGCCCAAACCAGGAGCCCGAUUAGUACUGCCCGUCAAACCAGACCUCAGCCUCCUCAGGUCCAUCAAGGAGCCCUUACCAGGAGGAAAAGUAGCAGGGGGAGAGGCAGCAGAGAGGCGUGCUGCUGCCCUGGAGGGCUCAAAUGACACUGAAGAUGGGAACAGGAGGGCCACCCCGGACAGUCAAAAUGGUGUCAGUGUGCUCCAGUCUGCCAUAGAAAAACUGGGCUCCUCUCAGAUACGCUUCACCAAGACCUCUCUGUCAAGAGGAGCCAGGGAUUCUGGACCCAUUCAGGACAGAGGAGCUGACUGGGAGAGGGAGGCUCUAGCUGGGAUACCCCGAGAUACCCUUCAAAAUGGGGGGACGGGGAGGGCGGUGGCAGUGUCUGGAGUGGCGUCCCUCUACGAGGAGGAGGCAGACAGGGAGGUAGCCCAGCUGAUGGGUGAGGGGGGUCUGUACACUGUCGGCCCACCAGAGGUGCAUUGGGCAGGGAACACAAGGAUGAGCGGGGACCCUAAUGACUGGCUGCGUGCCGAGAACCUGUUGCCCCACCAGACAGUGGAGAAGCUAACCAAGUGGACAGUGUAUGAUGAUGAGGGCCAGACCCGGACUGUUCCAGCUCAUCAUGGCCGAGGCCCCUGGGAGGCCGAGGAUCCCACCCAGAAUAUGCUGGAGAGUCGACUCAACAGCACAACGGUGGUGAUGCCGGGCAGUGAAACGGCUGUAGAGGUGGAUGAGGUUGAGGAUCUCUCCCAGCUUGAAGAGGUGUGCGAGAGUUCGGUGCUUCUAAAUCUGAGGAAGAGGUUUCAUCGUGACUGUAUCUACACCUACAUAGGAAACAUGCUGCUGGCAGUGAACCCCUUCAAGUCCCUCAGUAUCUACACCGAGUAUGUGAGACAACAGUACCAGGGCAAGGAGCAACAUCGAAACCCACCCCAUGUGUAUGCCAUAGCCGACGUGGCCUUCCUCCAAUCCCAGAAUUCCACACAGGAGCAGUGCAUUGUAAUAAGUGGUCAAAGUGGUUCAGGGAAGACUGAAACCACCAAGUUGAUAGUCCAUUAUCUCAGCUCCAUGUACCAAGGCAGAAACGACAACCUGCGACAGCCCAUGGAGGUGCUUCCCAUACUGGACAGUUUUGGCAAUGCCAAGACCAUCCUCAAUAACAACUCAAGCCGCUUCGGCAAGUACCUCCACAUCCACAUCCUCGAUGGGGUUGUUGUAGGGACCUCAUUGUCCAAAUAUCUCCUUGAGAAGUCCAGGGUUGUCUUUCAGGCCAGCGAGGAGAGGAACUACCAUGUCUUCUACGAGCUGCUGGCUGGUAUGAACGACUGGGACAAACAGGACCUCUUUCUCCAGGGAGCAGAAACCUACUACUACCUUAACCAAGGUGGUGCCUGUGAGUUGAAAGGGAAGCAGGAUAAGCAAGAUUUUCAGCUGCUGGUCCAAUGUUUCGAGACAAUCGGUCUCCAUGCUGACCAGAUCACCACCGUCUGGGCCCUCCUCUCCUCCAUCCUGCAGCUGGGCAACAUUUGCUUCAGCUCCUAUGAGAGUGAAUCCUUUGAGGUAGCUCGCAUCUUCAGCGAGGCUGAGGCCCGUAGAGUUGGCUCCUUGCUGCAGAUCUCUUCAGAAGCGCUGCAGACAGUCAUCACACACCGUGUCACAGAGACUACCUAUGACAGGAUCUACUGCCCUCUGUCUGUGGAAAGUGCCAUAGAAUCCAGAGAUGCCAUCGCCAAGGCAUUGUAUUCGGUGCUUUUUGACUGGUUGUUAGAGCAAAUCAACGACUGGCUUAGCCCCACAGAGAUGGACAGCACAGUGGGCAUAGUGGACAUAUAUGGGUUCGAGGACCUCGGAGUGAACAGCUUUGAGCAGCUGUGUAUCAACUUUGCCAACGAGCAGCUGCAGUACUUUGUCAAUGAGGCAGUGAUAACUCAGGAACAGGAGGAUUAUGCUACAGAGCAGAUCCAGUGGUACCCGAUGUCCCUUAAGAACUUCCACUCCUGUCUGGAACUCAUCUCCUCCAGGCCACAUGGCAUCCUUCGCAUACUGGAUGACCAGACCUGCCUCCCACAGGCCACUGACCAUACUUUCCUCCAGAAGUGCCACUAUCACCAUGGGAAUAACCCUUCCUAUGCCAAGCCCAAGAUCCCAUUGCCAGUCUUCACCAUUUAUCACUAUGCUGGAGCUGUCACUUAUCAGGUCCACAAUUUUCUGAAUAAGAACCAUGACCAGUUCCGCACAGAGGUAGUGGAGCUGUUUGCCAGGAGCAGGUUGAAGAUGGUGUCAGAUUUGUUUCGGAAGGUGCAGGACGACUACACCCAGCAGAGAGAGCUGGGCUGGAGAGGAAGAGGCCCCCGCCAGCAACCCUCCACCGUAGCUGCACAUUUCCAGCAGUCCCUGUCUGAACUAACCAACCGCCUGGAGAGAUGCAAAACCACAUUUAUCCGUUGUCUCAAGCCAAACUAUGUUAAGUUUCCAGGUAUCUUUGAUGUGGACUACGUGUCGGCCCAGCUAAGGCAUGCUGGGAUACUGGAGAUUAUCCACAUCAGGAAAGAAGGCUUCCCCAUCCGUAUCACUUACUCCUACUUCAUGGAGAGGUACGGGGUGCUGUUGGGGCAACGCUCAGCCCAGGUCUCUGACAGGGAGCAGACAGUGACUCUAUUGGAGAUGCUUGGGGCCGAGGAGGGGCAGUAUCAGCUGGGAAUCACCAAGGUGUUCCUGAAGGAGCUGCUGUACCAGCGUGUAGAGGACAAGUGGAGCAGCACUCAGACCUGGGCUGCCGUCACCAUCCAGAGGAACAUCAGGGGCUUCAUCUGCAGGAGGAACUUCCGUUUCUUCAAGGAGAAAGCCAUUGUCAUCCAGAGCCACAUACGAGGACACCAGGCCAGGAAGUACUACAAGCGCCUGCGGCAAUCUUUUACACAGUUUUGGGCCAUAAUGAUGAUAACAAGGGACACCAUCAAGCGACGGCAGUGGAGGGAAUACAGCGAGAGGAACAAGGUGAAGGUAGCCAAGACUAAGUCCGUCACCCCAAGAAUGGAUGUGGGUAUGUUGGCGAUCCCAGCCGAGCUCUCGGCCAGACUACGCAGUGCAGCUGGGCGGCAGCACGUCUCAGGGGUCACCGAGGUUGCGCCUCCACAGGUGAAGGCUGAACACAGACUCUCGUUACCUCUGGAUAUAGACAGCUACCCAUUUUCUCAGUAUGCCAAGUUCAAACUGAAGGAAUCAUGGUGCCAGCCUCUGGGUCAUUGUCUCCAGAGACCUCUUACCCCUUUGCAGCCAGAGGAUGCCCACACUGCUCUGGAGAUUCACAAACUGAUCUUGCGUUUUACAUGUGAGUCUGACCUCAGCGGCUGGCAGGAGCAGAUGCUGGGGAACUACAUUGUGGAGAAGGGCCAGAGUAGGCCGGCACUGCAGGACGAGAUCCUGGCACAGCUGGCCUACCAGACCUGGGGCGGCAGAGAGGAGGAGAGCACCCUGCGGGGCUGGCUGCUACUGGCCUGCUGCCUCAGCGCUUUCAGCCCCUCGCCAUCACUGGACAAACCCCUGCUGAAGUAUGUCUCCGACUGUGGUCCGGGGGAGUACCGCUCUCUGUGCCAACACAAACUACUGACGUCUCUCCAGCUUCCCGCUCCAGCUGUCCGUGUGUACCCCCCGACCCAGCUGGAGUGGACCAGCAAUCAGAGGAGGGGCAAGAUGGUGCUGGAUGUACACACCUUUACAGAUGAGAUGCUAACAGCGGAGGUGGAGUCUUGGACCACAGGAGAGCAGCUGGCUUCAUGGCUGCUACUUUUCAGAGGCGUGUCAGAGGCUCCACAGGGCUGGUCUGUCUCUCUUUUAGCUGAUGACAGCUGGUCAGACUUGGCUGGCAGUGACCUUGUCAUGGAUCUCCUAGCUGGAGUUGAGGCUGAAAGUCUGCCACUGUCAGAGACCCCCUCCUCCGCACAGACUGACUACCUCUUUAGCAGCAGUGGCAACAGGAUACCAACAGCAGACUUUGAUGACUUCAUCCCCCCAGCUCCGUCUAUGCAAGCUCCUGGCCUGCCUUCUUUUGAUGAUGCCCCCUGGGGAAGAGGUUAUCCAUCAGAAGGCCGUGGUCGACAGAUGGAUGCUUACGUGGAUGACCUUUUUGAUCCUGUGCUGGACCAAGGACCUCCGGAUAUGGAGAGAAUAGCCAUGUUGAACCGGAGGAUGAGAGGAGGAGGUGGAAUGGGGCCCAUGCAGCCUGGAAUGUAUGGAGGGGGUGUCCCUAUGACAAUGCCAGGCUAUUCAGUGGGAAUGCCAGUCACCCCUGUCAUGCCCGGAUAUGGUGCCACUCCCAUGAUGCCAGCCAUGCCAUGUAGACCAGCCAUGAUGAUGCCCCAAGCUGCCAUACCCUCUCCACCUGCUGUUGAUCCUGUGCAGAUGGCGGCGACACAGCAGGCCCUUAUCAACCAGCAGGCCGUUUUGAUGGCUCAGCAGAUGACCCUUCAGGCCAUGACAUUGUCCCAGCAGCAGACCCAAGAGCAGCAGAGGCAGCAGAGGCAGCAGAUCCAGGAGCAGCAGAGGCAGCAGACCCAGGAGCAGCAGAGGGAGCGGAGACGUCCGUCUGGACGACGCUCGGGGCAACGCUCCCCUUCACGCUCCCCUUCACCUUCCCUUCCGCCCCCCUCACCUCCACGGGUCCGGUCCAACAAAAAGCGCUCACCCAAACGCACCCCAAAACACCAGCACUAUGAGCCAGAGCCAGAAAAAGAAGUAGACCUCACCGAUCCAGCCCAGCUGGAGUCGUUCCGAGAGAAGAGGGAAUAUUUCCAGAAGAUUGGUUAUCUACAUCGAUCCACAGACAAACCUCCAAAGCCUCAACGCAUUACGCCACCUAGAAAGCGCUCCCCCUCACCUCCGCCCCCACCACCCUCUACAGCCCCAAAGCCUGAGGUAAGACACCCAACCUCACCACCCAUGAAAGAGGCUGCUCCACCAAAACCCACUUCUGCCCCUCUCACCCAUCCCAAGCCUGAACCCACUUCCAACAUCAGAGAAAUCAUUCGAAUGUACAACAGUCGACCCACUGUACAGCCCAAACCCUUUGAGCCCGUGAGAGGUCCGUCAAGGCAAUUUAUAAAGAAAACUGACCCUAAAGAAGAAGCUCUGGCCAUACUCCAAAACAAAAAACACCCACAACAGACGUCUCCCCUGCGGCCCUCUCCUCCCUCCUCCAGGGGUCCCCGCUCCAUCUCCAACAACAUGAAGCAGAAGCAGCGCUCCCUGGCCGACCUCUUCAGCUCCCAGAAACUUCCGCCACCUCCCCCAACAACACUUACGCCUCCACCUCCGCCUCCAGCUUCCUUACCUGAAAGCAUCCCGGACCCACCCCCCAUGGUCGCCCCCUCUCUCAACCUCAUGCCAGAGGAGGAGAAUGUGCACUCCCAGCUCCACCAAUUCUCUGCAAGUGUGUACUUCUCAUAUUCCACCAUGCCAGGAAAAUUAUUCCUACGCAAGGAGGUUUUCUAUCCCAGAGAGAAGUUCAGCCGCCCCUACAUCCUGAAUCUGUUAUGUGAGCAGAUUAUGAGGGACACCUACUCUGAUAGUUGUGUAAAGAUCAACAGAGAAGAGAGGAGGAAAAUGAAGGAUCUGCUAGCCGGUUUCCAUGUUGGCUCUACUAUAAGCACCAUCCAGGAUGAGGGUAUGAAGAAGAGGAUAGUCAUUGCUGCUAGAGACAACUGGGAAAACUACUUUACUCGCCUGUUCCCGGUGAAGGACAACAAUGGGGAAAGUCAGGUGUUGGGUGUGUCUCAUCGUGGAAUUCGUCUGCUGAAGGUGGUGAGGGCCUCAGGCAUCAACCCCAAACAUCUCCAUCUGCUAAGAAGCUACAGCUUUGCAGAGUUGCUAUCAGUACACCUGCAGGGGUCAAAUGCCUUGGAGAUAGAGAUGAUAAAUGAACAUUUCCAGCUGCAGUCCACAAGGGCCCCUCAAAUCACCGCCAUGAUCCAACUCUUCCUCAGAGAACUAAUGAAGGAUUCAGGCCAUGUGAUUGCUUUGAAAAGCUACAUGACAGAUGACAACAGCUUGCUCAGCUUCAGCAAGGGAGACAUCAUCAAACUGCUACCAAUGGAGGGACUCCAACCAGGUUGGUGUUUUGGCACCACUGGAGGGCGCUCUGGUCUCUUUCUUGAUGAGCUCACUCAGCUAUGUGCCGCCCCGGACUACCACUGUGUCUACCUGGACCAAAGGGAUGGGAGGAGGAAAAGCAUGAGGGCCACUCGACCUCCCGGAGGCCCAAAGAGCCUGCCACCCACGGUCAUGCCCAGCAUUGAUUCAGCUCAGCACAACAGAGAGGACUCGAUACAGGGCUCAGAGUUAGAGCUCCAGCAGUACUCCUUGAUAGAUUUUGCAAUAAAAUACUUCAGAGUGGAGACUGCAGGUCUGCCAAAUAGUGGAAGAAAUUUCUCAGAGAUGGUUCAACACAAAGAAGUCCCUAUACAGGAUUCCCUCAUUCUCUACAGCGAUCCUGAAACGAAUGUUUUAGCGGUCCAGUGCUUUAAGAACAUCAUGCAGUUUAUGAGAGACAUGCCACUGAAGAAGGAUCACACUCAAGAAGACUGCUUGAGACACAUCUUAAUGCUGGGAGAGGAAAAAGAGUCCCUGAGAGAUGAAAUCUACUGCCAGAUCAUCAAGCAAACCACCCACAACCCAGUCAUACAAAGCUGUAUCCUCGGUUGGCACCUGCUCAGCAUGGUGGCAGGCUUCUUCCCCUGCUCUGGGACCCUGCAGCCAUACAUCACACGCUACCUGCAAAACAUUGCACAAGACCCUGCACACCCAUACCAAGUGCUAGCCAAUAAGUGUCAAAACAACCUGCACCGCUCUCUCAACUAUGGUGGUCGCCGUAACAUCCCUUUACAUGCAGAGAUGGAGGCCAUCCUGGCUGACAAAAUUUCCCGAAAUACACCUAUCCAGCUACCAGGAGGGGUAGAUUUCUCCAUUAAGAUAUGCAGCUUCAGUGUGGCAGCAGAAGUUUUGACUAAGUUCUGUCAAGAAAUGGAUGUCAUGGAUCCCUCAGAAGUCAGAGAAUAUUGUCUCCAUGCCAACAACUCCAAGGAUGGAAUGGUGCGUCCCCUCCAUGCUGAGGAAUAUCUACUUGACUUCCUGCAGGAUGAUAAUUCUGUCUUUCUGUCACUAAGCCGAGUCAUCUGGAAAACCCCUCUCUCUUUCAACAAUGACCUCUAUGUCGAGUUCCACUACCAACAGGUGUUGACAGAUUACUUGGAUGGGAAAUUGCUAUUGCCUUGUGGUGGUUCCUCUUUGGUCCAGCAGAUAGCAGAACUGUCAGCCCUGCAGCACAUUGCUAAGGGACUGACUAACAGGCCUUCAUUGCCAGAGCUAAAGCAGUACCUACCCCAACAGGAUGGGAUCAAUAGCAAAGUCAAAGAGAUUCACUCUUUCUCCCUGGGCCAAAUAGCUGCCAUGCAAUCACUCACCCAUCAAGCAGCCAAAGUACGAUUUAUUGAGUUCCUGAGGUCGGUGCCUCUGUUUGGUUCCAAAAUCUUCAAGGCCCAAAAGGUCAGCCAGCGUGUUUGCCCAUCACCCUGUGUGUUGGCUGUCAACCAAGAGGGGGUGCUGUUCAUUAACCCCAAAACACAGGAACAGGUCUUUGUGAUUCCACUUGUGGAGGUACAAUCCAUGCGUACCGUCCCCCCUAAAAAAACAGAUAAGUUGCCCGCAGUGGAGAUCAGUUAUGACAAUUCAGGCCAUCCCAAAAAAGUCAUCAUUCACCUAAAACAGGCCAAGGAGCUAUGCCACAUCCUUGCGAUAAUUCUUCAGGAGUUAGUGCGGCCACCUACCAACAGCUCUAUCUCAAGUCACCAGUAGACACAGGAAUGAGCAUCUACUUAAAUCUGCUUUUGCGCUCACUCACCCUCUCUCUCUCUUUCUCUCGCUCUCUCUCUCUCUCUCUCUCACACACACACACACACACACACACACACACACACACACACACACACACACACAUACAUGCACACACAUUUUCCCUUCCCUGAAUGGAUGAAUGUGGAAUCUUCUCAAACAAGAGCUUAGGGUCAAAGGUCAGUCAGGCCAAAACUAAGACCAUUGUUGAACUAUUUCAGCCCCACACCCGACCUCAACAUGCGCACACACCACACACACACACACACACACAGCGGUCACUCUGGGUCGAGUAUGACCGUUCUUCCUCUGGGUCCCUCUGGGUCCUCAGGUGGGUGUAGAGGCUGAUCCUGGAGCUGCAAUAUGGGAGGACACCUGCAUGUGACAGCUUUUUAUGUGGAGUGGCUGAUGUGCCUGUAACCACCACACAGUCCUUGGCAGGGGGUGGCCAGAGUCCAAUGGCAUGGAGAACCAAGAUGAUUGGGGACCACCCUCUGUUGCAGCCUACAUCCACCUUCACUGCCGUUGUGACGUGGAGACAUCUUCCACCAGUUCCGCUGUUGAGGUCUUUGUUGGAUCGUGCUUCGUCUGGAACUUCCCCUUGACCUAUCCACCUUGGGUGACCCUACCAGGAGCCAAGCUCCGGACGGCAUAGCUCUUGGGAUUAUUGGUACACGCAAGCUUCUCCACCAUGGCUAGGUGGCGAUCCAGGAGAAGACACACACACGCACACACACACACACACACACACACACACACACACACUGGAGUUUCUUAAAUGAUUUAGAAUCUUCAGUCAUGAACUGUAUAUCCACAUCCAUUACAUUGUGUCUGUGUAACUUCGUGGGUGAUGAAAGAUUGAUGAAUCUGGAUGCCUGCUGCAGAUUAGUUUACACAUUCACACACAUGCAUUCAUAUAUACACAUCAGUGUGCUCGCAAAUUAUGUAUGCACACAAAUACAAACAUCCCAUUAAUAUUUAACAAGAUGUUAAGUUAUUUUUUAAAGAAACAGUUACAAAUUAUUUAACACAGAAUGAUGAAUACACAAGGGAUAUGAGUAAAUGUACAGACUGCUGUCAAACCAAAUCAGUGCCUUGAAGGUUUCAGUUUAAUUGAGUAAGCCUAAUUUUUGUGCAUUGAAAUUGUGUCAUAAAUGAUUUGAAAUAUAAAAUCUUUUGACCAGUUAAUUGUGUCAUCAAUGUUAUAUAGGAUAAUGACUUUAUUACAUAUGAGCAUUGCAUUAGCUGACCAAAAAAGUUGGGUGAGACGAGCUAUGGUUAAUUUGUAUUAACAUUGAAUAAAUAUGU